AUGGCGCACCUGUCACAGUCGCGGACCAAGGCGCUGUUGCACAACAAGUCGGUGCUGGAGCUGGGAGCGGGCAACGGAUCCUUGGCGAAGUUUCUGGCGCUGAAUUCCCAGCCGCGGAAGCUGCUGGCCACCGAUCUGCCGCAUCGCCUCAAGGACCUGCGGAACGCGCUGCAUGGCAUCGCCGCGGCGGAUGCUGCAGCGUUGGGCUGGGGCGAUGUCGAUGCUGUAAAGAUGAUAUGUAAGGAGCAUUUUGGCACACCCUAUGCAGAAGUGGUGAUCAUCAGCGACUGUUUGUACACCAACUGGGUGGAAGAUAGCGUAGCCCCCCUUGCGCUGACACUCAAUGCCGCCCUGGGUGCGGACGCGGAUCGCGCUGCGCGGCAAAAACAGGUGGGCCCAGAGGUGAACAACGUUGCCUUCCUGGCCUAUCUUCCAAGGUGCAAGCCAUUGGAGGCUCACUUCUUCGAUUGCCUCAAGAACCAGGGCCUGCAGUCCAUGCCAUUGCGCUUGCCUGAGUCCUAUGUGUUGAAAAGCUUCGAGGACGCGCGCGACUUCGGCGAAGACGAGCUUCUUGCGGUGCGGCUCUGUGUGGCUCGGAAAUCUCUGCAGGAUUUCUCUCAGCUCGGAAAGCGGGGACAAAAUGGCGGCGUUGAAGGCUGCUGGAUGAGCUUGAGUUGUACAAAGGUCUCACCCGAUAGGCCGCUGGAUGUUCUACUCGGCACUUUGGGACAUCAAAUGACUUUGCCAGUCUUCCGGCCGGUUACAGCUUAUACAACGACUUUGUACCAGGAUAAGUUUGAAGCGCCACGGGCGCACUGCAAGCACGACUCACCCAGCAACUGCAAAGCACUCCUGCCAUCACGUUGCCACGCCGCGUUUUGCGGCCAAAGAUUGGGUGACCAAAAAGUUUCGAACGUCGACCGGGACAUGACUUUGCCGGCUGGGGCUAGCAGCUCAAUGGUGGCCUUGAAGCGUGCGCGUGUGGGGCCACUCUCAGAGGUGGCCUCUGACAAGGCCCAGGAGGAGGCGCAGCUCCUGAUGAAACUCAGCCAGGAGUGUCCACAGAUCCUCCGCUGCUACGACUUUCGCCUGAUGUCAAGCACAUUGCCCAUGUUGGAACUGAUGUUGGAAUUUGCUCCCUUAGGCGAUCUCAGCCGGAGGAUUCGACAGCACAAAGAAUGGUGCAGCGAAACCACUGAGGUGGCUGGAAUGCCCGAGCCGGAGGUGGUUUCGUACGGCUCGGACAUCGCAGCUGGCUUGUCGUACUUGCACCAGCUGCGGCCCAAGAUCCUCCACCGCGACAUCAAACCGGCGAACAUCCUUCUCUUCGAAGAGGAGGUAAUCCCCCGCGCCAAGCUGGCAGAUUUCGGCAUCGCCAAAAUCCUGGAACUGGAGAACUCCAUGGCAGGGGCUGCCACUGUCAUUGGGACCCCCCAUUAUUUUGCUCCCGAGUUGUGCAGAGGUGAGCAGUAUGAUGAGCGCGCUGAUGCUUGGGCCUUGGGCUGCAUCCUCUAUGAGAUGCUUUGCCUCCACCGACCUUUUCAUCAGGCUGAAGGAAACCUGGCCAUCCUGGCUGUUCGAAUCUCUGAGGGCAAGUUCGAUCGCGCUGCUUUGGAAAAACAGGCAGAACACUACAAUGGCGGGCUCAUACUGGCGCUGACUGGGCUGCUAUGCCCCAGCCAGGAACAGAGGACCCGCGCACAUGAUGUUUUGGAGUCGUUGCAGCGCUUACAGGCACGCUACUGUCCGCAGCGUUCCGUACCAGCGUCCACCGAAUGGUGGCGCACAAGGCUGGAGGACACAGCUUCGAAAGCUGAGGAAGUGCGAGAGAAGAGCUGGGAGGGAAGCUCCGCGGAUAGCUGGCACAACGCCACCCUGGCGCAGCUUGAAGGCUUGUUGUCGCAACUGCAGUCAGAUGCGUCACGCAGUGCGCGGCUUCGCCCUGAGGCAACCUUUGGAGCUGAGCCGAUGCAGCAGGAAGCAGCAACGUCUGCUUCAUUUGCGAGCCGGAGCCGAUGGAAAUCGAGUUCCCGGCGGCUGUAG